UUCCUUCCCUCCCUUCUCUCUCCUUGGGGUUGAAUGCUGAUUUAGUCCCGUAGUUUUUGCACUCUUUCCUCCGCUUAAGCUCCACAUUUGAACAACAGCAGAGAGAAAAAGAUCAGAAAAGACCGAAUCAUUCCUAGCUGAUCCCUCCCUCCUAGAUCACAAAUGGAUAAGACCUUCUUAAUCCAUUCCUUAUUUCCAGGGACAAUUCCCUCUUCAGCCUAAUCUUCUUAUAAACAGAGAGACACAGAGAGUAGUGAGAGAGAAAAAACAGAAAACAAACACAUACCACUUAAUCGUGUAUCAGCUUAAUGUGUUCUUCUCCUCUUCACUUAUAAACACUCCUAAUCCUACCUCUUCUUCUCCUUCUUCCUCACUUUGCAUUGUCCAACAUGGACUACACAACAAUACAAGGAAAGCAAUCCCUUGAUGAUCCUAGUUUGAUUCACAAAAUGAAUAACCUGUCUUCUCCUCCUCGAUGCGUGGUGUGUGUUGCCGGCCCAGUUAUAGUGGGUGCAGGUCCAUCGGGGCUCGCUACGGCCGCUUGCCUGAAAAACAAGGGCGUCCCUAGUGUGAUCCUGGAGCGAUCCAAUUGCUUAGCCUCUCUGUGGCAGCUCAAGACCUACGAUCGCCUCCGCCUUCACUUGCCUAAGCAAUUCUGCGAGCUCCCCUUUGUGCCUUUCCCUUCCGAUUUCCCCACUUACCCUACCAAGCAGCAAUUCAUCCGCUACCUUGACGAUUACGCCACCAAGUUCGACAUUCAGCCUCGUUUCAACGAGACCGUCUUGACCGCGCAGUACGACCCUGCGGUCGGCUUCUGGCGCGUUCGAACUGCAGGGUCCGAAAACGGGGUCGAGACUGAGUAUGUCACCCGGUGGCUCAUCGCGGCCACCGGGGAGAAUGCUGAGGCCCUCGUGCCCAAGCUGGAGGGGAUCAUGGAGUUCGGAGGGCCUAUCAGGCACACGAGCUUGUACAAAACCGGAGAGGAGUUUAGAGGAAAGAAGGUUUUGGUGGUGGGGUGUGGAAAUUCGGGCAUGGAGGUCUGUUUGGAUCUGUGUAACCACAAUGCUAGGCCUUCACUCGUUGUCAGAGAUACAGUGCACGUCCUACCACGAGAGAUGCUGGGAAAGUCGACUUUCGGGCUGUCCAUGUUGUUGCUCAAGUGGCUGCCCAUACGCCUUGUGGAUCGCCUCUUGCUGGUAGCUUCACGGCUGCUGCUCGGCAACACGUCCCAGCUUGGUUUGGUCCGGCCUAAGUUGGGUCCCUUGGAGCUCAAGAAUCUGUCGGGGAAGACUCCGGUCUUGGAUGUUGGGACCCUGGCCAAGAUAAGAACCGGUGACAUUCAGGUACGUCCGGCAAUCAAGAGAUUAAAACGUCAUCGUGCUGUAGAAUUCGUCGACGGAAGAACAGAGAAUUUCGAUGCCAUUGUCUUAGCAACAGGUUACAAAAGUAAUGUGCCCUCUUGGCUGAAGGAGGGAGAGAUGUUCUCAAAAGAAGAUGGAUUGCCAAAAUUGCCAUUUCCAAAUGGUUGGAAAGGUGAGCGUGGGUUAUAUGCUGUGGGGUUUACCAAACGAGGACUACUUGGUGCAUCAAUGGACGCCAAGAGAAUUGCCGAGGACAUUGAGCGGUGUUGGAAAGCCGAGGCAAAGCAUUCUACUCCCUUUACACGGUCGCAUUUGCCUCUAUCGUCGUCGCCAUAGUGUUGGUUUUCCGACGAUUAUGACUUCUCGGCGAAGCCUUAUUAGUUAAUUCAUCGAAUGGGCAGAUGAUGAUGAAAAAAGAGGAAACAAGAGAGGAUUUUGGUGAUCCCGAAUUCACAGGAUGCUUAUAGCUUGGUGUCUUGGUGAUUCUCAUACGUUGCACACCAUUUUGUACAUUACCAUAAGUGAUCUCUGAUGUUUAGGUAUGACUUGUUAGAGUGAGAGAUCUUAAAGGGGAUAGCUAGCUAGGUUGGUAUUAUUCUUCAAGUGUCUUUUUCGUUUUGUACUGAUUCCAACAUGGGGUUGGGAUGGGACUUGAUAAUUGAUAGUGUUAACACUAGUGUAGCUAACUGGUUUUUUGUGUGGUUCAUUCUCUAUUAAGUUAGGGGUUUUUGGAAUGAGAAAAUGACCUUUAAUUUUA